AUGUAUUACAACCCGACACCAAGUCCCAUCAGCCCAGCAAGUUAUAUGGAUCCCGUACCUGAAACAGGCGUGACAAGUAUAGAACAACGGUACCCAAUGUCAUCGCACAAUGGGGUAGUGAUCCGCUCAACGGAAACUACACUUCCACCCAUACAGACAGGGGAACUCGCUUCUCCAUACCUCCACUCUAUGCUGCUGUACAUUGACCAUAAUGGGAAGCUGGGAAGGGAGGCAUCUCCUUCAAUGGCAAGCUAUGUGGAAGAUGUCUUCACGCCAGAGGUCACAGCCACGUUCUUGAAGAUGGCAUCAAUUGCGAGCCAGCGCGAGUUCCGGCGUGCCUCGGAGUCCUUCGCAAAUCCAGGUGGAAGCUUCGUCCAACAAAUGAAGGGCAGCAUCAGUGAUCCAAAGCAGUUCACCCGGUCCCAAUCCCACCCCUUGUUGAGCUCCCAGGCUUGUCCACCGGGUUGCUAUCAGCAUGGUCUAUCAAGACAACCUGCACUCAUCCCUUGUGAAUGGCAGUCGCAACCGAGAAAGCGCAGGAGACGAAACAACGCGGGAUAUAUGAAUAACAAAUUGGGGUAUGCCGUGGAUGGAACAAGCACUCUCAAGCAUACAAUUCAACGGACAGCGCUUAAAGUGGGCAAUCGGCCUCUUCUGCGGAAAUACUAUGAGAAGGGGUUUGAGGCUUUCCAGCAAACCAACUGCAAGGUGAUAGCGAAGGCUUUUGUGAAGGUUGUCGAACCCCGGAAGCAAGUCAAUCAUCCAUACAACGGGAGAAUUGGACCCUUCCAGCGUGUGGAUCCUGAGUUCACCAAGCCUGACUGGUGGCCCACGGGUGUCAUCCACAAAGAGCCGGAUCACCUUCUCAAACCUGACAGAGUUCAGCUCCUGACCCACAUCCUCUCCGAACUGAGAGAAAGCCAAGGAGUCACAGUGGACAAACUCCGAGCGGCAAUCCAAAGUCUGAGGCCAGAUGUCUCACCGCCAGAGAGGCUCAAAGUCCUGGACGAAAUGUUCCACGUUCGGGAAAUGGAAGAGCGUUAUCUGAAUGGAGAAAUCGAUGGAGACACUGUCAUCCAUGUAUCCCAGGUCUACCUAGUAGAGGCAGACCUUGAAGCGCUUGGGUAUGUCCCGGAAGUCGCUGAAGUCGCUGAAGCCUCUGAGAUCUCCUCGGCUGUCAGCAGCAAAACGAAUUCACCCAGCGUUACUAGAGAGGAACACACAAGCCCAGCUGCUAGCAAUCCAUCGCCUGCCACGAGCCCGUUGGACGCUGACGAUGGCAACUACUGGCUCAGACUGAAACGACUAAAUGGAGGCUUUGGUUUUCAGAUGCCACCGAGCCCAUCACCAUGUCAAGACGAGGUUUCGUCCUACACAGCCGCAACAGUUUCGCCCAUGACACAGGCGAGUGUGCUGUACAUGGAUGCCACAGAAUAUGAGGAGACUCACACCACAGAGUCUCCAUACACUGGAGUAUCAGAAAGUUUCGGUUCACAGCUUUCUGUUCCCACCACGAUGCCAUUGACAAGGUCUUGGCCUACUUCAUGCAAUUUAUGCCAUUCGAACUUUCCGUGCCCAUAUCAUUAUGACUUUCAACAGUAACGCGACCGUCGGACCGCACUUGAUGGUUCAUCUCAUCAGGUCCUAAUGCUGUACGUCAGCCUGUCGGACGGAUACGUCCAAACGUAAACCGAUACAGUACUCGCAGGAUUCCCUUGCCAGUCCAACAUUGCUCGAGUCUCCUUGAUCAGAGCAUGGAGCCUGGGACGGUAGAGGAGAUAAAAAGGUUCCUGCAGCCACCAUGGCCAUAUCACGUGAUAUCACUACGAAGAAGCAUGACAAAUUCCUACGAAAGCUCAACGUUGACGUCUUUAUCUUACUUCUACUUUGUCUUUUUCUGACCUUUUACUCUCUUCCUUUCUUGAAUGUCUUUAUUUGUUAUCGGCCGUUUAGUCUAUUUCCGGUAUAAUUUGAUUGCGUCAACUAUUUUUCCAAAGCGUGCAUUCUCCAAAAUGUGCUUCCCAAAAAAAGUGCA